CCCACGCCAGUACCUCAGUUCUGUCUCGUAGCUGAAAAUAGGCGGCUGCACAAUUCGUAAGGACACGUACACGACUAUGGCUGAAGAAACGACACCUCGACGGUACUUGACGAUGUCGGGCGGGAGCUGCCAGGUGAUCGAAGUCAAUGACAAGCCCAGCGUGGUUGUGCAAAUCCCUGCGCACAUGCUAGUGUGGCUAACAGAAAAGGAUGAGACAGAAAGGCCCUUGUUUACUACGUCAUGUGACAACAGUGACGUAACAGUCCAGAGUGAAACCAACGCUGCAGCUGGGAAGGAGAGUGUGGGAAUCGAUAAGUGGACCUGGAAAAGACCGCUGGACCAGCAAGAAAACCUGGCAUGCCACCACAUGCCACCCUCCACCCUCCACAGGUGCUCCGAGUGCGGUGUUGGCAUCACCGACAUCAAAGACUACAAAAAGCACGCUGCCGGCCACAAGCGCGCGCGAACUUCUCUUGUCCAUUUAUGGCGAUGCUUUGCUUGUAUGUAAUAACCUGUUAAGACAGUUCUGCACACGUGUGGAGGAGCAGCGCUUCUAGACUAGUAUCCCCAGCGGCCGCCAAUUCACUCGGAAGGCAAUGUUUUGAGGCAUAUGUUCACGCACUGAGUUCAGUUGGCCAUUCAUCUGCCACUAUUUCAUCAGCUGCUGCGUAAAUGUAUUGGCAACAUUUGCUGGAAACCAUCGCUAAACGUAUACAUGCAAAAUACUGUGGCACUUGCACAAGUGUCCAACUAAAGAAAUCGACCUCAACGUGAGGAUGCCAGCGAAGUAUCCAUUGCAAGAUUUAUUUCUUUCGUAGCCUUCGGGAGCAGUACCGACCCUGUGAGACAAACCCAAUCUGGCUAAUUUUAUACCUUUUGACUACAGCUGAAGAAUAGCUUUGCGUUAAUUACUAACUAGCAUGAACUAACACAAAAUAUUCAUUGUUGUUCCAAGAAAUAUACUGCGUAUGAUGUGCGAUCGGCCUUCUCAACGAAUAAACCUGUUGUUCUGUAUGAUAUAAGCUGUGGUUAUAAGCAGCUUUAUUUUUUCACAGAAAACUCGUAUUACCGGAAUAUUUAGCCUGUAAUAAAGUUGUUUCUGAUGGA